UGUCAGUGUUUGUCGACCUCAGAGCAGAAUGGCUGCAGUCACAGAGCUCUCCUUCCUGCUGUUUGCUCUCAUCAACAACAUCCAUGCAGCAGAACAGAUUAUCGUCCAACAGGAACGAUGGUCUUACACCUUCAAGCUCCCCAACAACACCAACUCCUGCCUGAUCUCCAGAUCUGUUGGUGAGGAGAAGCUUGUCCUGUGGAACACCUCUGACCUCUGGUCCAUCAACUCCUCAGUACCUGAAGACCUGAAACAACGACUUGUCAGCUCGGUGGAAACUUCUUCUUACACCAUCCUCAACCUGACCCAUUCAGACUCCGGCCCGUACCGAGAGGAGUGUUGGACUGAGGGCAACGUGACGCAUGACAACAACAUCACUAUUACUGUUUGUUCUUUAAUAAUUUCGUUCGGUUUCACAGUCAUCUUUGGAGAAACAGUGGACCUGUCAUGUGAGGGAGCAGCUGAUAAUCUGGAUGUCCAGUGGCUGAAACGGGACUCUAGAUAUGAGCAAGAAACAUGGAGCAGAGUUUUUGGGGACAAUAUGACAUCAGUGAUGGACAAUGUUAGAGGAAGAUACCAAGUGGUGACAAACACAUCAGCUCUUCGUGUUUCCAACGUCAGAAAUACAGACCUUACACGGUACAGAUGUCUGGUGAUGUACCAACAGCAGUGUAUUUUCAGUAACACUGUAGAGUUGAUCCUACAGUCUGAGAUAAUCUACGGCUCAGUGGGAGAGACCGCUGUGUUGCCGUGCACUGUCGCUGACUCCACUGAUGAACAGCCCCCACGUUGGUCUAAUCUGUUGUCUGGCCAAGAACUACACAACCAGACUGUUCCUUCAGUAGACCAAAACUACUCGCUGGUCUUUUCAUCUCUAAUGUUAAAACACUCAGGUUUGUACUCCUGUGCAGUGCCUAAGAGAUGGCAACAGUAUUAUCUGGUGGUGUGUCCCAAAUUUGGCCCCCCUGCUGUAGAGCUCUUCUCAGAGGGAGAAGAAGUCACUCUCAGAUGCAGAGAUUGGAGAAAGGGUACGCUGCAAAAUUGGUUUAUCAAGUCACACCGAACAGAGGGAAGAAUCUUUAGUGUAACGUAUAAGAGCAUGAGCAGAGUGAGCAGGUACAAUAAUGAUGGUACCUUAGUCAUCUCUAAUAUGUCAGUGGGAGACGCAGGAGAGUACUGGUGUGUAGUUAAUGACCUAUAUGAUUAUCAGUGUGUGUCAACAGAGAGAACUGUGUUAGUGUACAACAAGCCCUUUGGGAUUUAGGAACAUGUUUUGUAUUAUUUGCAAUACAAAAUAAACUUGAAUUGAAAAGAAAAGGUUGUUGAAGGUUUAACUUUAGGAGAAACUAUCUACAAGUUUGACUUUUUGAAAGCAUGAAACUAAAGGCUUAGGUUGAUUUUGUUAGAAUAAGACUAUGUGGGUGGUUUUAGAGAUAAGAGUGUGUGUGUGUGUGUGUGUGUGUGUGUGUGUGUGUGUGUG